AUGUUUGCGCGGCCGUUUACCUUAAGGGCAUUCGCCCAGCAGUGUCCCCGGAGCACUCUCUCAUCCGUUCUCGAGUCCUCCAGUCCAGCAUGGAGGUAUUUCUCCUCCAGUGCCUCGCGAACAAAGGCUGCCAGCAAAACCCAACAGAUCAAGCCCAAGGUGGUGCGCACGGCGCCUGAAGACAGCUUGAAGUUUGCCGGCCGACGCCCGGAAGGAUUUGGAAAGCUCGAAAGAAAGGUCGCCAAGGAGGGAGAGAUUGUCUUGUUCCGGGCGCCAUCGCAACGCGGAUACGUGUUGGGCGCCUACGGUAUUGCGGGCUUCUGUUUUGCCUACGCUGUAUACAAUUCCAAUGCCGUCUUUCGGGAUCCCCUUAUACCUCUCCCGAUGUGGCAGCAAGCUCUGUUCGGUGGUAUUUGCAUAACAAUGAGCGUUAUGGGUACGGUGUUCCUUUUCAAGACCACUCGGUUGAUUCGCGCCAUCAGGGCUGUCAAUGUCAACGGUCACACACAUCUUCGCUUCACCGUGCGAAGCGUGGUUCCGUUCCGCAAGCCCUACGAAUUUGACGCCCUGCCGCGUCAGAUCGCUUUCUCCCGCCGUUUGGUGAUCUCUCCGGAUUCGUCUCCAGAUAUGCUUUUGGAGUCUAUUCCGGAUGCGCCUGGUAUUGCAGGAGAGCGCACUGUGGCUCAGGGUGAGCAAGCGAAGGUUAGCUUCUUUAAAGCUCCCUUCAAGAGGAUGAGCAUGUUUAUGUGGCGGUUGUUCCGGUCUGUCCGGCAGAUCUUCUCCCAGGAGGACUUUAUCCUUCUGGAAGUGGAGGGCCAGAAGGGCGUUCUGCGCAUGGACUCUGGUGGCUACGUCUCACAGGACUUUAUGCUUGUUGGCAACCCUGUGAGUUUCCGGCGCUGA